AUGGCCCACGAGUCAAGACUAACAAAGGUAAAAACAAGCUCAAGAGCAAUAAACUCGAACGUCUUCAAUCGAUUUCGGCUGCAUCCGCUGCGAAAAAACUUCAAAAGUCUCGCGUGGAAGUUCAUAGAUCGAUGUCGCUACCAGUGUACCAUUAAAAUUGCUCUGGGAUGGUGUAUUUGCGAUGUUUCUCGUCAACAUCCAUCUUUUGCAUCCUUUGGCUUCUCAGUGAAGCCCACUGAAACAAUGAACGUUCAAUCCAUUCAUUCCGUGCUAGAGCUUUUCAAGUCAUCCUCUGUGCCACUAUUCAAGGGCGACCCCACCUCGUUCUUGUCUCUGACUGGUCCAAAACCAGCGCUAGCCGAUUGCGUACUUGACGAAAAAUCGGAAUUCUGCAAACCUGGUAACUUGCUGAGCUGUUGUGCAAGACCUUCCAUCCGGUUGGAUCUUAAACUCGGUUCCAUGAUUCACCAUGUGGUAGGCUUCAGUGAUUUCGCGAAAUCGCCUUGUCGUUCGAAUGCUUAUGAGUUUCCAAUAAUUUUCGCAUUCAUCGUGACCGUAGCCUGCUUCGGUAGUGAAGAGUUCCCUUGCGGCAUUGAAACAAAGCGACUCCAUCUCCAAAAGCUGACGCCGAAUUGGGCAUCGCUUUUAUAUAAUCACAUGGAGAAGGAAGCCAUUGGCCGUACAGGAAGUGCGAAACAGAAAGAAUACAAAAGAGGAAACAAGAGAUACAAAUACAGAAACGAGUACAAGUACAGAGCAGGUGGAGGACAAGAACUGCUGGUGGAAAGUCGAGGAAGGACUUUGGGGUGCAGUCGCGACGCGGAAAGUAGAGAUAAACGUGCCGAAAGUGAUGAAGGGCUAUCGCCGACGUUGUUGUGCAGACGCCUGGCAAUCGUUCAACUCGCCAUUGCAUCGGAGGAUACUGUCGAGUUGCUGAUAUGCACCUCGGAAGACUCGGAUAAAUUGCGGAUAGUGUUGGAGAGGCAUUAUCUAGCAUGGAGCAGACGCCCAGCUGACGAUGGUCGAUUUCGAAGUCCACGGACGCGUCACCGGCACCGGACUAACAAGAAGACAGACACAAUAAGCCAGGAGGACGAGCAGGCCGACUUUGUGGUUCGUUACCGUAAUCGAGGUGUGGAAUGA